AAAGAAGCGUAUACUUCCAUUUUCUCGACCUUUUCGCCGAACAGAGAGCACGUGUUUGCUCGCCGGUUGCAUUUAACUUAUUUUAUCGUGAAAAAUUUUACGUCAGAUUUGUUGCAACCUGUUCGAAUUCGGUGAUUGAAGAUCAGAAGUUUGUGAUCAUUGUGAGAGCAGGUUAACAUGAAUCCUGAAAAGUUGAAGAAGCUUCAAGCUCAAGUGCGAAUUGGUGGUAAGGGAACACCACGACGCAAGAAGAAGGUUGUACAUGCAACGGCUGCUACAGAUGAUAAAAAACUGCAAAGUUGUUUGAAAAAGUUGUCUGUGAAUACAAUUCCUGGCAUAGAGGAAGUUAAUAUGAUUAAGGAUGAUGGUACUGUUAUACAUUUUAAUAAUCCAAAAGCUCAGGCUAGCCUGUCUGCAAAUACAUUUGCCAUUACGGGUCAUGGCGAAAACAAACAAAUAACUGAUAUGUUACCGGGAAUAAUAAGUCAGUUGGGUCCUGAAGGUGUCACACAAUUAAAACGACUAGCAAGUACAGUUUCUGGUAGUACAGUUGGUAAAGUAACUCUGGAAGAAGAUGAUGAGGUUCCUGAUUUAGUGGAAAACUUUGAUGAAGCUAGUAAAGAGGAGGUUGCUCCAAAAAAAGAAGUGGAUGAAAAUGAUAAAGCAGUUGGUGAUAAAAAAGAAGCUGUUGUAAUUGAUGAAAAGAAGGAAGCUCCCUUAGCUACACCUGAGGCUUAAAAGUGUUCAGUAAAAAGCUAUUUCAUGCAACUAACAGUUGUAAUUGACAAGUCACGUAAUACGAGUUGCAAAAGCAAUGCAUAAAUGAAGUAUCACUAUACAUACAUUAUAAAUAUUUGACAAACCUUAUAAUAAUGCUAAAUGAGUAAGUUAUUAAGAAAUAAAAGGAAAGCUGUUAUAGAAAUCAAAAAUUUCUACAGAUAAAGUUUUUUACUUUGUUGCAUUUGCUAACAGGUAGAGUUUACUUUAAAACGGCUAAAAUGAUCUUAUUCUUUUAUUAACAUUGCGUAACAGUAAUUGUGUACAAGAUAUAGUAUUGGAAAUAUGAUAUAGUAUAUUAAUAACACAGUUUUCAUUGUCCUAUUAUGUUCGCAUAUUUUUACUUAACAGAAAUAAAUUCAAUGAAUUUAUAUAGAUAUUGAUUAGUAAAAUAAUAUGAAGUUUUUGGUAAGAGAUAGUACUUUUCCACCUAUUCACAGUGUUUUUAUAUAGGGGAAAGAAAUUUGUAAGCAGUAUAGAAAAAGUCAAAAAUAGGCAAAAUGUCAAGGCAUCUCUAUUUUAAUCAAUGGAGUUGAUAACGGAUUAAAAUAGUUUCUUGCAACAGCGUUUCCCAGCGUGGAGUAAAUGGGAUGUAAUAUUUUGUAACGUAAUCUAUGGAAUAAAUUCAUUUUGCUGGAAA